AUGAAGAAGGUUUUUCGUUUCAAACGCGGGGUUGUUUCUCCACAUACCCAGGACGAGCCUCCGAUGGCGACUAUGCUCACGUAUUUACCCCUUUAUUUGCCACAGGACAUCCUCGACCUCAUCGUCGACGAGCUGGGCUCAUACGCAGAGAGACACAAGCCUGUCGCCCUCUCUACGCUGGCCUCAUGCGCCCUUGUCUCCCAAUCGAUUAGCGCCCGUGCGCGCGGUCACCUUUUCUCAACGAUCUGCCUUAGGUGGAAACCAUACACUUCGACCGCCGAUGCCCGUCGCGACCGAAACCGUGCCCUCAAACACAUAAUGGAGGCUGACACCCAGUUCGUUUCCUUCGUCCGCACCUUGGGGCUUUCCCUUGACGAUGAUGGGUGGGGCACAGACGACUUUUCGGGCGUGCUUACAAUGCUGUAUAGCACACCGCGGUCGGGUCUACGUUCCCUACGCUUGGUAACGUCGCCCUCCUCGUUAGUGCCACGCUUGUGGUGGUCGGACGUCGAAGGAGCGGGGAGGAAGGCAUUUAUCAAUUUAUGCCUCUCGGGGUGCUUGGCCGAGCUCGUCAUACAUGGGCCGAUGAAGGACUCGAUCCUCCUCCUCGCCAAGAUUCCACGAGGCCUGGUGAGUAUGGAGUUGUGCAACGUGUCGUUCCUGUCUAUAGGCUCCGGGAUAGGGCUGGAUGUGGGAGACGGAGAGGGCGCAAAGCUAGAGAACCUGGUGGUAAAUCAAGUGUCCGCUGCCGCGCUGUUCGCCGAUUUGGAAGCAGGGUCUGCGCUCAGAACGCGUAUUCUUGCUAUGAUGCAAGGGCUGAAGACGCUCGAGCUGGAAAGGGUGCACGUGUGGGAGGACGGGAGGCACUUCGCCUUUGCCGUUGUGCUAGAGCAGUGUGCAAGAUCCCUACGGAGGCUUGUUUGGUCAGUCGAGCCCUUCCAAGAUCAUAUCAGCACCUUGCUCUCGCACGUCCCCUUAUCCUCCUUCACCGCCCUCCGAUUCCUCACGUUUAAAAUAUGGACUAAGGAUGGAUUCGUCCCAAACGUCAACACGCGUCAUAUCUUCUCGGCCAUCCAAGACAGCUCACUGCUUUCUCUGGAGCACAUAACGUUCACCAUUAGACUUAUCUCCACUACAUCCACGCCCAAAACGGGUACCAUAGACGAUCUGACGGAUCCCGUCAAGGGCUGGAGCUGGGGGACGCUGGACGCAGUCCUGGGACGUACGACGCGCUAUCCCUCGUUGGUGAUGGUGGAAAUUGAUCUUGGGAAUGUUGGACUAGACAUUGGUAGUCGAUUCGUGACGGAGGAGGCUUAUGCGAAGGAAGAGGCAAGAGGGCACCUCGAGGCGCUCUUUCCCUCUAUAGUGGCGCGUGGAGUGAAUUUGAAGAUAUCGUUCGAGGGUAUUUACUUUUGUAGCAGGCACACUUAG